AUGAGGGGUGCUCGCGACAAUGCCUCAGUCUGGCGACCUGAUUCAGCGGGUGGUCGGCAGAGAGCAUUCGAUGCAAGAACCAGCCGGGACCGACCUGUAAAGAGAACAUCCGAAGCAUCGGAGGGGCAAGCUACUCCCGAAGAAGAAUCGGCUGUACUAGUGGAGACCGAGCUUGGAGAGGAUGCUGAAGGCGACAGGCGCAAGCGAAAACUCGUAGGUGGCAAGGAUCUUGACAGAAGAGCUCGGCUUUAUGAAAUCGAGGACGAGGAGCCUCUACAGGUGUCUCGAAGAGCUAAGCUUCCCACCGCUAGGAGAAGUGGUGUCUCCAGGGCAGGUUCAUUGGACUUUCACUUUGACCCCGAUCUGGCGGAUGAAUUUCCCGACGAGGCAAAGGCAAGGCGGAAGAAGAAGGGAAAACAAGCCAACGCGAAACAACAAACGCCAGCACGCCCAGAAAUACUUCUUCCAGAGUUCAUCAGUGUGGAAAAGCUAGCGCAAGCCCUUAAAGUGAGACUACCAGACUUCGUCGACAAGCUUGAAGAGGAGGGAUUUGAGGGUGCAAGGUACGACCACGUUCUGGAUUCGAGCACGUCUGCCAUGUUUGCCGAAAUCUAUGGGUUUGAAGCUGUCGUCAAAACCAUUGAUGAGACUGGGGAUAUCUUCCCGCGUCCUGCAGCGGAAGAUCCUUCGACGUUGCCGCCUCGACCACCCAUUGUGACAAUCAUGGGUCACGUCGACCACGGGAAAACCACCAUCCUUGAUUACUUCAGGAAGGCGAACGUGGUUGCAACAGAGCAUGGGGGCAUCACCCAACAUAUUGGGGCUUUCUCCGUCACGAUGCCUGGAUCAGAACGCAAUAUCACGUUUCUGGAUACUCCUGGGCAUGCUGCAUUUUUGGAGAUGCGCAGAAGAGGUGCUGUUGUGACCGACAUUGUGGUCUUGGUUGUUGCAGCAGACGACAGUGUCAAGGCUCAGACUGUAGAAGCCAUCAAACACGCCCGGGAGGCCGGUGUGCAAAUUAUCGUGGCAAUCAACAAGGUUGACAAACCUGAAGCCGACAUUGAGCAAGUCAAGCGAGAUCUGAUGCAACACGAGAUCGUCGUGGAAGACUUUGGAGGAGACUAUCAAGCCAUACCUGUGAGCGGCAAGACCGGUAAAGGCAUGGAAGAUUUGGAAGAAGCGAUUCUCACUCUGGCUGACGUUGCCGACUACCGUGCCGAAAAUGACGGACCAGCGGAAGGAUGGAUCAUUGAAAGCAAAGUUGGUGCCACGGGUCGUGUCGCUACUAUUCUCGUUCGUCGUGGGACUUUGAGACCAGGCGACUUUAUUGUUGCCGGCACUACCUGGGCUCGUAUUCGAACUCUGCGAAACGAUUCAGGAGAAUUGAUUGACGCUGCACCUCCGGGCACCCCUGUCCAAAUAGAUGGCUGGCGAGGAGAUGAUCCCGAGGCAGGCCUAGAGGUGUUGCAGGCAGAUACCGAGCAGAGAGCAAAAGAAGCGGUGUCGGUAAGAAAAGAGCGCGAGGAAGCAGCCUGGGAGAUGGACAAUAUGACGGCGAUCAACGCAACACGCGCCGAGGAAGCGGCAGCUCGAAGCAAAGUCCUGGAGUGGGAGAAAGACCAAGGUUAUCUCUCCAUGGGGUACAAACGGCGUCCCAAGGACAAUGAAGGCUGGAUCGAGAAAGAGUCUUCAGGGCCUCAACUUGUUCAUUUUGUCGUCAAGGCCGAUGUGGCUGGCAGCACAGAGGCCUUGGUGGCUGCUGUGAGUGCCAUUGGCAACAACGAAAUCCGGGCAAACAUCGUUCAUAGUGGGACGGGCGGCUUGACCGAGUCGGACAUCAAGAAGCUGGCUGCAACCGGCGAAGUUGCUUAUGCCAUCUCAUUCAAUCAACCCAUCGACAACGACAUCCGUCAACUUGCAGCAGCUGCUAGGAUUCAGAUCCUUGACCACAACAUCAUUUACAAGGUUACCGACGAAGUCACGGAGAAAGUCAGUGCAGAAUUGCCUCCAAUUGUGACCCAGCGCGUGUUGGGAGAAGCCGAGGUUGGAGAUAUCUUUGACAUCAAAAUUAAGAAAGGGUCAAUAAAGAUCGCUGGGUGCCGGGUGACCAACGGUACGAUUCGCCGCUCGGAGAAGAUCCGAGUCUUGAGGAAAGGCGAGGUGAUUUACACUGGUCAGUGGUUUCAUGUGUAUUUGGUUGUGGGGUCCACUAACGAAGCACUAGGCACACUCAAUUCCUUCAAAAACAUCAAGAAGGAUGUUACCGAGAUGCGGAAAGGCUCUGAAUGCGGCAUGGGUUUUGAGAACUGGGAAGCAUUCGAAGUGGGCGACCAGAUCCAGUCAUUUGAGGAAAUCAGCGAGAAGCGAGCCUUGCAUUAG